GAAGUGCCGGGCCGCUAUGGCGGCGGUGCCGGGGGCCGAGGUCGUGCAUCUCAACGUCGGAGGCAAAAGAUUCAGCACCUCCCGCCAGACCCUGACCUGGAUCCCAGAUUCCUUCUUCUCCAGCCUCCUGAGCGGCCGCAUCUCCACUUUAAAGGAUGAAACAGGAGCGAUCUUCAUCGAUCGGGACCCCACGGUCUUCGCCCCCAUCCUCAACUUCCUGCGCACCAAAGAGCUGGACCCGCGCGGUGUCAGCGCCCCCCUGCUCCUGCAUGAGGCGCAGUUCUACGGCAUCACCCCUUUAGUUCGCCGCUUGCAGCUGCGGGAGGAGCUGGAGCGGUCGUCGUGUGGUUGUGUCUUGUUCACCGGGUACCUGCCCCCCCCAGCGCUACCAGCCAAGCGCCGGAGCCGGCACAGCGUGGCGGGGCCACAGCUCGCCCUGCGGUUACCGGCCGCGCCGGUGCGCCGCAGCAACACCAUGCCCCCCGGGCUGGGCAGCGCCGGCGUGCUGGGGCACCCGCCGGACGAGCGGCCCCCCCCCGGCACCGGGAGCGAUGCAGGCGCCGUGCGGCUCGUGUGCGGGCACCACAACUGGAUCGCGGUGGCGUACGCGCAGUUCCUGGUGUGCUACCGGCUGGUGGAGACGUCGGGCUGGCAGCAGGUCUUCUCCAGCCCGCGGCUGGACUGGGUGAUCGAGCGCGUGGCGCUCAACGCCAAGGUCCUGGCCGGGGGGGCCCUGGGCGACCGCGACACGAUGGUGGCGGCGGCGGCGGGGGGCGAGAUCAUCCUGUGGGCCCUGCGGGCUGACGGCAACGGCAGCGAGAUCGGCGUCUUCCACCUCGGGGUACCGGCCGAAGCGCUGUUCUUCGUGGGGAACCAGCUCAUCGCCACCAGCCACACCGGCACCAUCGGCGUCUGGAACGCCGUCACCAAGCACUGGCAGAUCCAGGACGUCGUCCCCAUCAACAGCUACGACGCCGCCGGCACCUUCCUCCUUCUCGGCUGCAACAACGGCUCCAUCUACUACGUUGAUGUGCAGAAGUUCCCCCUGCGCAUGAAGGACAACGAUCUGCUGGUGACCGAGCUCUACCGCGACCCCGGUGAAGACGCCGUCACCGCCCUCAGCGUCUACCUCACCCCCAAGACCAGUGAGAGCGGGAACUGGAUCGAGAUCGCCUACGGCACCAGCUCCGGCGUGGUGCGGGUCAUCGUGCAGCACCCCGAGACGCUGGGCUCCGGGCCCCAGCUCUUCCAGACCUUCACCGUGCACCGCAGCCCCGUCACCAGGAUCAUGCUGUCUGAGAAGCACCUCGUGUCUGUGUGUGCCGACAACAACCACGUGCGGAGCUGGACGGUGACGCGCUUCCGCGGGAUGAUCUCCACGCAGCCCGGCUCCACGCCGUUGGCUUCCUUCAAGGUCCUCGCGCUGGACGACGCCGACGGCGCCAGCGCCGGCACCGACAUCGGCCCCUUUGGAGAGCGCGACGAGCAGCAGGUCUUCAUCCAGCGCGUGGUGCCGGAUGCGUGCCAGGUCUUCAUCCGCCUCUCCUCCACCGGCAAGAAGAUCGGCGAGGUGCGCGCCGUGGACGCCGCCUCCAUCACCGCCUUCACGGUGCACGAGUGCGAGGGCUCGAGCCGCAUCGGCUCGCGCCCGCGCCGGCUCCUGGCCACCGGCCACGCCAACGGCAGCCUCCAGCUCUGGGACCUCACCACGGCCAUGGACAUGGCGGCAAAGCCCCCCGACGCUGGGGGCUUGAGUGAAGAGGAGCUGCUGCGGCAGCUGGAUCAGUGCGACCUGGCGCUGCCCGGCCCCCCCCGGCCCCCCAGCCACCGACCCAACCCGGGGGUGACGCCGGCUCCGUCCCCCCCCUCGACCCCCCCCAGCGCCGCUGCCGCCUCCCCCCCACCCCAGCCCCACACUUGGGGGGGGGCAGAAGAUGCCCCCCAAGGUGGGGGCAAAGGCAAAACCCCCCGUCCCCCCCCCCCGCCCCGCAGACCCCCCACCUCCGCCACCCCCCCCGCGCCUCCCCGGGCUCUGCCCCCCCCCGGGCGCCCCCCCCCCGCUCCCCCCCUGGUGCCCCCCAAAGCGCGGCUGAAUGAGACGGCGUUUUGAGGGGGGGCAGGACCCCCCCCGUUCACACUGUGCCUUCAUUGGGGGCCCCCCCUCGCACUCAGGGAAGGGUUUGGGGUGUCCCCCCCCCCCCCCCAAUACACCCCUUUUCCCCUCUG